ACUAAUGACAUCAAGUGUCUAGUGGUCAUCUAAGAUAAUUAUUCAUUUUUAUCGUAGACUUUUAUCACAAAUUAAAAGUUAUUGAACUAAGUCGGCAUGAAAUUGUUUACUUUGGCUAGGGUUGAAAUUAAAUAAUCAAAAGUGAAUAUGAUCAGUUACUUAUUCAUUAGUUAUAAUUUGUAUUGAUGUUCUGAAUUCACUAAAUUACAUUUUCUAGCUUUUAAUUUUAUAAAUAACAAUUAAAAAUGUAUUUUAAUAGAAUUGUUUGGUUUUUUCUUAUUGGUCUGAACAGUGCACUUUCAUCGAAAGUUUUAGAAUUAAGUGAUAAAUUCAUUGAUAUAAGUAAGGAUGGGAUAUGGUUUGUGAAGUUCUAUGCACCUUGGUGUGCCUACUGCAGCAGAUUAGAGCCAGUUUGGGCACAUGUGGCACAGGGUUUAUUUAAUACUCCUAUAAAGGUGGCUAAAGUUGACUGCACCCGUUUUUCUGCUGUUGCUAGUCAUUUUCAAAUUCGAGCUUACCCAACAAUUAUGUUCAUUCACGGCUCAACAACACAUGUGUAUAAUGGGGAAAGAAUCAAAGAAGAUAUGGUUAACUAUGCAUUAAGAAUGGCCCAACCUCCAGUGCAGAAGGUAUCCUAUGCAGAUAGUAUUGAGAAUUUAAAAGAUACACAUGAUAUCUUUUUUGGUUAUAUUGGAAAUCACCAGGAUACUCUGUGGGAGGUGUACACAAUUCAAGCUAUUAAAUAUCAACCACAUAAUUGGUUUUAUUCAAUGAGUUAUGAAAUAGUUAAAAAAGACUUAAAACCACCAAAUAGUACCUGUGUUUUUGUUUACAAGGAUGAUGAUAUAUACUACUUUGCAGCAACGCCAGAAUUAAUACAAGAUAAGGAAACAUUGAAUACAACUCUGGAUAAAUGGGUGCAUUCUGAGAGAUUUGGUUUCUACCCUAAAAUCACAAGGUCAAAUUUCAAUGAACUACUGGAAAUAGAAAAGUAUUUGGUCAUUACAGUGGUUUCAGAAAACAAACUAAAUGAAAUAUCUCAAACAGAAAAAGAUUUCAAAGAUAUGAUAGAAAGUAUAAUAAGAAAAAGAAAACAUGAGCUUCACCAUAAAUUCCAGUUUGGUUGGAUGGGUUCCCCAGAUCUGGCCAACUCAAUUGUUAUGUAUGACUUAUCAGUCCCUCAUAUAAUAGUCCUCAAUUCAACAACCCAUCACCAUCAUUUGCCAGAUGAUGACCCUAUUUUAAUGACGCCUGAGGCUGUAUCAAUGUUCCUUGAUGAAAUACAUAAUGAAAUUGCUCCAGCCUAUGGAGGGAAAAGUUUCAUUGUACGGCUGUACAGAGGAUUUUACGAAGCCCGGGCUACGGUAAGCAGUAUGUGGCGUGGAAAUCCCAUUUUAACCGCAUUGGUAUUCGGCCUUCCUCUUGGCUUUCUCUCACUACUCUGUUAUUCUAUAUGCUGUGCGGACAUUUUGGAUGCUGAUGAGGAAGAAUAUCCUGAUCAACACGAGAAGAAGGAUUAGUGCCGGCGUCGAACUAAGUUUAAGUUAAUAAUAAUUAUGUGCAAAUUUAAAUAUUGUCACUUGAAUCUAGGUUAAGGGUGGAAUUUUCAUGCUAGUCUUAUUUAAACGUACCACAAUCACUGGAGAUCAAAGUGUGAUCGUAAUUCCUUACGAUGUAACAUAAUGGAUGGCUUUUUACCAGGGUUGCCAAAAGUUGUCGUCAAAAAGUCGCGUCAACCUAUAUGAUACAAAAUCUCAUAUACAAUCUAGUACACAUGAGUAAUAAUUAUCAUGACAUUUAACAUAAAUAAUUAUUCUAUAAAUAAUUAGUUAAAACUUGACUGGUCGGUUUCAUAAAUACUUUUUACUCCUUUCUGUUAUUCGUCCUUCAGUUUUAAAUAGCAGCAGCCUUGCAGUCUUAUGUGUGUUUCUUACAUAAAGGGCCCAGUGACCUUCUAUACAAACUUCGUAAUAAAUUAUAUUUAUUACCAUAGACAUCCAAACAAAAUGACAAUAACCUUAUUUAAUUAUUGUCCUUGAUUUUUUGAUGAAGCCAAGCCUAAUAUUAUGACAAGUAACUUAGCAUUACCUAAGAAUUAUGAUCUCUAGGAUUAUGUAUGCUUUUAGCAUAUUUGUACAUGAAAUAUAACUUUUUAUA